AUGGCGAGGGAGGAGUGCAAGGCGCUGCUGGACGCGCUCAACAAGACGACCGCGUGCUACCACCACCUGGUGCUUACUAUCGGGGGCUCGGCGGACUCGCAGAACCUGCGGGAGGAGCUGCACAGGACGCGCCAGAAGGCGCAGGAGCUGGCGGCGGCCACCGGCGCGCCGCUGACGACCGCGCUGCGAGACAAGGGCCUGGGCGCCGAGGAACGCGCCGAGUUCGAACGCCUGUGGGUGGCCUUCUCCGGCUGCCUGGACCUGCUGGAGGCGGACAUGCGGCGCGCGCUGGCGCUGGGCGCCGCGUUCCCCCUGCGCGCGCCGCGAAGGCCGCUGGUGCGCACCGGCGUGGCGGGCGGCGCGGCGGGCGUGGCGGCCCGCGCCCUGAGCGCCCGCGCCCUGCGGCACGAGGCGGAGCGCCACUUCGACGCGGACGAUCUGCGCGAGCUGGAGCGGGAUAUCCUUCAGGUGGGCACGAUGAUCUACGACCUGGAGAUGAAGGUCAACGUGCCCCGCUGGACGGUGCAAGCCCGGCAGGCGGCGGGCGCCGAGCUCCUGACCGGGGCCGGAGCCUCCUCGGCGGGCUUGGUGUCCGUGGAAGAGCGCACAGGGCCCUGCGACCCGAGCAAGGCCCUGGCUGCCACCGUGUUCGGCGCCGUGCUCCUGGCCGCCGUGGCCCUGGCGGUGUGCGUGGCGAAGCUGAGCUGA